AUUUGCUGCACUUGGCUACAUUCUGAGCAUGUGUAGCGUUUGCGUGUUGUCUCUCAUUACCCUAUCCGAAGAAGACGCCAACAGAAAACCGUCGGGUGACAAGGAGCGAAUCAAUUUAGUUAACCAAAGCAAAUCUUCAGGAGCAGAUGUCAGCAUCUCACUCAAAGAGAGAAAGAAGACAAGAAGGGGCCGACGGAAGACAAACAUUAAACCAUCACGUAAAGAACAACCUACUGAAGAUCAGAGGGGACAAGAAAAUUUUGAAAACUCUGAAAAGUCCGAGAACUCUGAAAUCUCCUCAGUAGCUAGUGUUGAUGCCAGCGUCCAGUCAAAAUCUGGAAAUAAGAAGAGGUGCAGAGGACGACACAAUGAUUUUAACAAUUCCUCAUCUAAAGAUCUCAAAAGACAAAGUCCUCCAAUUAUUGAUAAAGAGCGAGAGGACUCCGAUGACUCAUCUUCCAUCCCCUUAGAAACACCGGCCGCUACAAGAAAGCAAUUACAAACUGAAAAAGCUCGGAAAUCUAAAAGAACAAAGAAUAAUUCUGCGAGGACUAAAAAGGGAAAAAGAAACAAUCCCAAGAAAGUCUUACCUGGAGAAGAUACUAAGGGAAAGACAAGCCUUGUUGAGGAAGAGCAACGGAUCUUAGAUGACUCUGUGGAUUCUUAUACCUCAUCAGAAGUCAAGACAGCCACUAGUUGCUCAACAAAGACCAUUCAUAAACGAACAAGACGGAGAAAAACUGCCCAAAAACACUUCCAUGAAGAAUCCAGGAGACAAACUAUUUCAGGUGAUGAAGAGCCAAAGAACCUAGAUGACUCGGAUUCCUCCAAUUCAUCAGCAACCAUUACCGCCACUUGUAACCAAACAAGGGGGGAAAUUGAUUGA